GGACAGCAUUCAUGUUAGCUAGUCUAAAUGGUCAUCAACAAGUGGUUGAGUUACUCCUUAAUGAAAAGGCUGAUCCUAACAUUCAAAAUAAUUAUGGCUCAACAGCACUCAAGUUGGCUAGUCUAAAUGGUCAUCAACAAGUGGUUGAGUUACUCCUUAAUGAAAAGGCUGAUCCUAACAUUCAAGACAAUGAUGGCAGGACAGCACUCAUGGUAGCUAGUCAAAAUGGUCAUCAACAAGUGGUUGAGUUACUCCUUAAUGAAAAGGCUGAUCCUAACAUUCAAGAGAAUAAUGGCUGGACAGCACUCAUGGUAGCUAGUCAAAAUGGUCAUCAACAAGUGGUUGAGUUACUCCUUAAUGAAAAGGCUGAUCCUAACAUUCAAGAGAAUAAUGGCUGGACAGCACUCAUGUUAGCUAGUCAAAAUGGUCAUCAACAAGUGGUUGAGUUACUCCUUAAUGAAAAGGCUGAUCCUAACAUUCAACACAAUGAUGGCAGGACAGCACUCAUGUUAGCUAGUCAAAAUUGUCAUCAACAAGUGGUUGAGUUACUCCUUAAUGAAAAGGUUGAUCCUAACAUUCAAGAGAAUAAUGGUGCAACAGCACUCAUGUUAGCUAGUCAAAAUGGUCAUCAACAAGUGGUUGAGUUACUCCUUAAUGAAAAGGCUGAUCCUAACAUUCAACACAAUGAUGGCAGGACAGCACUCAUGUUAGCUAGUCAAAAUGGUCAUCAACAAGUGGUUGAGUUACUCCUUAAUGAAAAGGCUGAUCCUAACAUUCAACACAAUGAUGGCAGGACAGCACUCAUGUUAGCUAGUCAAAAUGGUCAUCAACAAGUGGUUGAGUUACUCCUUAAUGAAAAGGCUGAUCCUAACAUUCAAGAGAAUAAUGGUGCAACAGCACUCAUGUUAGCUAGUCUAAAUGGUCAUCAACAAGUGGUUGAGUUACUCCUUAAUGAAAAGGUUGAUCCUAACAUUCAAAAUAAUUAUGGCUCAACAGCACUCAUGUUAGCUAGUCUAAAUGGUCAUCAACAAGUGGUUGAGUUACUCCUUAAUGAAAAGGCUGAUCCUAACAUUCAAGACAAUGAUGGCAGGACAGCAUUCAUGUUAGCUAGUCUAAAUGGUCAUCAACAAGUGGUUGAGUUACUCCUUAAUGAAAAGGCUGAUCCUAACAUUCAAAAUAAUUAUGGCUCAACAGCACUCAAGUUGGCUAGUCUAAAUGGUCAUCAACAAGUGGUUGAGUUACUCCUUAAUGAAAAGGCUGAUCCUAACAUUCAAGACAAUGAUGGCAGGACAGCACUCAUGUUAGCUAGUCUAAAUGGUCAUCAACAAGUGGUUGAGUUACUCCUUAAUGAAAAGGCUGAUCCUAGCAUUCAAAAUAAUUAUGGCUCAACAGCACUCAAGUUGGCUAGUCUAAAUGGUCAUCAACAAGUGGUUGAGUUACUCCUUAAUGAAAAGGCUGAUCCUAACAUUCAAGACAAUGAUGGCAGGACAGCACUCAUGUUAGCUAGUCUAAAUGGUCAUCAACAAGUGGUUGAGUUACUCCUUAAUGAAAAGGCUGAUCCUAACAUUCAAAAUAAUUAUGGCUCAACAGCACUCAUGUUAGCUAGUCAAAAUGGUCAUCAACAAGUGGUUGAGUUACUCCUUAAUGAAAAGGUUGAUCCUAACAUUCAAAAUAAUUAUGGCUCAACAGCACUCAAGUUGGCUAGUCUAAAUGGUCAUCAACAAGUGGUUGAGUUACUCCUUAAUGAAAAGGCUGAUCCU